CAAGUUGGUUCUAUUUUAAUUUCUUCAUGCUUAAUAAAAUGGUGACGCUCUAAUAAAACUUCAUUUCGGUUUUUGGGAGGCAUGGGAUCUCUAGGGGUUUUCAAGAGGUUUAGUGGCCGAUUAAGAUUAAAUGCCAAAAUGAAAGCGUACCCAUUUGGGUACAUUCAAAGGAGAUCCUUUUCAGACUCGAAGAUUUUCAUCAAUGGCAAUGAUACGGUGCUUCCGGUUCUGAUUGUUGGCGCGGGUCCUGUGGGUCUUGUUCUUUCUAUACUUCUAACUAAAUUGGGGGUCAAAUGUGCGGUCUUAGAGAAAAGCAGGAAUUUCUCCGAACAUCCACAGGCACAUUUCAUCAACAAUCGAUCCAUGGAGGUGUUCCGCAAAUUGGAUGGCUUGGCUGAGGAAAUUCAGAGGUCCCAGCCACCAGUGGAAUUAUGGAGAAAGUUCAUAUAUUGUACUUCACUCUCUGGUUCAAUUCUUGGAUUGGUGGACCAUAUGCAACCUCAAGAUUUUCAGCAAGUUGUGAGCCCCAUAUCUGUUGCACACUUCUCUCAGUACAAAUUGAUAAGGUUACUUCUUAAACAGCUUGAAGAGCUUAGCUUCCAGUUUUCUUUGCCUGAAUGCUUGGAAAGCCUUGACCAUUGGAUCCCCCAGGAAAGGCAAAUAUUAAUGGGGCAUGAGUGUGUAUCGAUCAAUGUCACUGAGAAUCUUGUUAGUGUAACAGCAUCUUUUCUCAAGGAUGGAAAAUAUAUGGAGAGGGACAUUGAAUGUAAUAUCCUUGUUGGUACAGAUGGUGCUGGAAGUACUGUAAGAAAGCUUGCAGGAAUAGAUAUGAAAGGGGAAAGAGACUUGCAAAAGCUCGUAAGCGUCCAUUUUUUGAGCAGAGAUCUUGGACAUUACUUGCUGAAUGAGAGACCCGGUAUGUUGUUCUUUAUUUUCAACACUGAAGCCAUAGGGGUUCUUGUCGCUCAUGAUCUCGACCAAGGGGAAUUUGUUUUACAGACACCAUUCUAUCCACCUCAGCAAAGUAUUGAAGAUUUCAAUCCCAAGAUAUGUGAGAAGCUAAUAUUCAAAUUGGUUGGUCGAGAACUAGGAGACAUAGAUGUUAUUGAUGUGAAACCUUGGGUGAUGCAUGCGGAAGUUGCUGAGAAGUUUCUAUCUUGUAACAACCGACUAAUACUUGCUGGUGAUGCUGCUCAUCGAUUCCCUCCUGCUGGUGGAUUUGGGAUGAAUACCGGAAUUCAGGAUUCACAUAAUCUUGCCUGGAAAAUAGCUUCUGUAGUAAAGGGUAUUGCACCAUCUUCAAUGCUUAGUACUUAUGAAAGGGAACGUAGGCCGAUUGCCAUUUUCAACACUGCACUUAGCAUUCAAAACUUUAAAGCAGCCAUGGCAGUUCCUGCUACACUUGGUCUUGAUCCAACAGUUGCAAACUCAGUGCACAAAAUAAUUAAUGAUGGAGUUGGUUCUGUUUUACCAUCUGGAUUACAGAGAAAAGUUUUGGAUGGAAUAUUCACAAUUGGCCGUGCACAGCUCUCUGAAACACUUUUGAAUGAAAACAAUCCACUUGGUUCUUCAAGGCUUGCUAAUCUAAGACGAAUAUUCAAAGAGGGAAAGAGCCUUCAACUCCAGUUCCCUGCAGAGGAUCUUGGCUUCAGGUACCUUGAAGGAGCACUUGUUCCUGACUCUGAUAGUACACUAGCUACUCCAGAAGCACCUACUGGUCGUCGGAGGGAUUAUAUUCCAAAUGCAAAUCCAGGUUCGAGGCUACCCCACAUGUAUGUAAGGAUAUUGUCAAAUUCCUCAAGUCAGGAAAUCAUUUCAACACUAGAUCUUGUAUCUGGAGAUAAAGUGGAGUUUCUCCUCAUCAUAGCACCUGCAGAGUCAUCUUACAACCUUGCUCGAGCAACAUUCAAAGUGGCUGAAGAUUUCAAAGUUCCUAUCAGGGUAUGUGUGAUGUGGUCAGCUGGUACCACUGAACAAGUUGAAGUAGCAAAUCAGGUACCAAUGGCACCUUGGCAGAAUUAUAUGCAUGUAAUGGAAGUUAAGAAGUCACCCACUUCAUCUUCCUGGUGGGAAAUCUGUAAGAUGACCAAAGAAGGAGCUAUCUUGGUUAGGCCUGAUGAGCACAUUGCUUGGCGUGUCAAAUCAGGAGUUGAUAGGGAUCCUAUAGAGGAAAUGAAGAGAGUAUUUUCUGUUGUUUUGGGUGUCAAAGUCGGGGAUAGAUAGGAAUUAUGCUUUGUUAUGGGCGUAAAUAACUUGGUACAGUGGGUCAAGGAAUGAAUGUAAUCAAGCUCAGGAAGAGUUCCUAGUAUAUUUAUAUAUAUAUAUAUAUAUAUAUAUUGAUUUAGAAUGAUUAAAUCUUUCUCAAUCUUUAUAAAGAUUGGAUAUUAAUGCAAAAGCCGGUGCAAUUUGCAUCUGUAAACGUUUUAUUAUUAUUAUUAUUAUUAUUGUUGUUGUUGUUUAAUAUUCUUCUGUUAUUUUAAUCCUGCUAUGGUAUUGGUGGCGGAGCACUUCAUUUGUGGUUAACUGAGAGCAUAUGAAACUACCAACUAGGAAUCCAUUUGGAAGGACAAAUACUGUAGUCACUGGUCACUAGCUUUUUGUUUUUGAUUUUUUCGAAUAUUAGAAAUAUAAAGAGAAAAUAUAAAUCAGAAUAUAACAAGAUCUGAAGUUCUCUAUUGAUUCAAUCUUCCGGAGAAAGAAAAUAAGUUGCUGGAAGAAUUCUUUCUAUAUUGAAAAUCUCAUGCAUCAGUGGCAAACUUUACAAGCAUAUUCUCCCCUAAAGCUUUACUUGGAUUACAUAGGCUACUGAAUCUGAAUAGUCUGAACAAACUCUUUGAAUCAAUCGAAUGAUAUCAUUCCAGUGCCACUUUACACAAGAAAUAAGAGGCAGUCUAAUGCAAGAAUAUGCUAACCGGGAUGAUGGACAAGAAAAGCUUUUUCUAUCCAAAUCUGAACCCCAAAAAAAAAAAAAAAAAAAAAAAAAAAAAAAAGAA